CAGCAGUGUCAGCGAGGGCUCAGCUUCCUUUGGUGAAGUGGAUUUACUUGAACGUGAAGGAAAGAAAAAAAAAUGUCUCCACUUCUGAGAAGCAUCUUCAAUAUCACUGAAAUGUUUAAUCAAUAUGCCUCACAUGAUUGUGAUGGGGCAGCACUAAGCAAGAAAGACCUGAAGAACCUCCUUGAAAGGGAAUUUGGAGAUGUCCUUCGGAGACCACAUGACCCUGAGACAGUAGAUCUGAUCCUGGAACUUCUGGAUCGCGACUGUAACGGGCUGGUUGACUUCAACGAAUUCCUCCUGUUCGUUUUCAAGGUGGCUCAAGCUUGUUAUUACGCCCUCAGCCAGGCUGCCGGGCUAGAUGAGAAGGGGGCCAACUGUGAGGGAAAGGAUAACCCAUUACAAGAUCCCAGGCAAAAAGAAGACCAAAGGAGAUUUGAGCCCCAGGACACACAAUUUGAAGAACGCAGGCAGAAGAGACAGGAACUGGAGAGGGAGCUCGCAGAGGAGGAGCAGCAGCGACUGCAGAGGCGAGAACAGGAAAGGCGCCUGGAAGAGGAAGAGCAUCUGCAGAGGCGCAAGGGUCGAGAGCCAGAGACACUUCCUGAUCAAGAGCAAAGGCGAGAGAGGCAGGCGCAGCGGGAGCUGCAAGAGGAAGAGCAUCUGCAAAGGCGGGAGCGCCAAGAGCAAGGCGAGCGGGCACUCGAGGAGGAAGGCGAGCAACUGCAACGGCAAAGGCGCCAGGAAAGGCACCUGGAGCAGGAGCUGCGGCGCGAGCAGGAGAGACGUGUGCAAGAACAAGAGCAGGAGCUGAGACGCGAGGAGCAGGAGCUCAGGCGUGAGCAGGAGCUAAGGCGCGAGCAAGAACUGAGACGCAAGGAGCCGCGCCUGGAGCAGGAGCUGAGGCGCGAGCAGGAGGAAAGACGCGAGCAAGAACUAAGGCGCGAGCAGGAGCUGAGACGCAAGGAGCCGCGCCUGGAGCAGGAGCUGAGGCGCGAGGAGCAGGAGCUCAGGCGUGAGCAAGAACUGAGGCGCAAAGAGCAGCGCUUGGAGCAGGAGCUGAGGCGCGAGCAAGAACUAAGGCGCGAGCAGGAGCAGACACGUGAGCAGCUGAGACGCAAGGAGCCGCGCCUGGAGCAGGAGCUGAGGCGCCGGCAGGAGGAAAGACGCGAGCAAGAACUAAGGCGCGAGCAGGAGCCGCGGCGCGACGAGCCGCAGCAGAGACGGGAGCAGCUGAGACGCAAGGAGCAGCGCCUGGAGCAGGAGCUGGGGCGCGAACAAGAAUUAAGACACGAGCAGGAGCUGAGACGCGAGGAGCAGGAGCUCAGGCGUGAGCAGGAGCUAAGGCGCGAGCAAGAACUGAGGCGCAAUGAGCAGCGCUUGGAGCAGGAGCUGAGGCGCGAGCAGGAGGAAAGACGCGAGCAAGAACUAAGGCGCGAGCAGGAGCUGAGACGCGAGGAGCCGCGCCUGGAGCAGGAGCUGGGGCGCGAACAAGAAUUAAGACACGAGCAGGAGCUGAGACGCGAGGAGCAGGAGCUCGGGCGUGAGCAGGAGCUAAGGCGCGAGCAAGAACUGAGGCGCAAUGAGCAGCGCUUGGAGCAGGAGCUGAGGCGCGAGCAGGAGCUGAGACGCAAGGAGCCGCGCCUGGAGCAGGAGCUGAGGGGCGAGCAGGGAAGACGUGAGCAGCUCAGACGCGAGGAGCAGCGCCUGGAGCAGGAGCUGAGGCGCGAGCAGGAGGAAAGACGCGAGCAAGAACUAAGGCGCGAGCAGGAGCUGAGGCGCGAGGAGCCGCGCCUGGAGCAGGAGCUGAGGCGCGAGCAGGAGCUGAGACGCAAGGAGCCGCGCCUGGAGCAGGAGCUGAGGCGCGAGCAGGAAAGACGCGAGCAGCUCAGACGCGAGGAGCAGCGCCUGGAGCAGGAGCUGAGGCGCGAGCAGGAGGAAAGACGCGAGCAGCUCAGACGCGAGGAGCAGCGCCUGGAGCAGCAGCAGAGGCGCGAGCAGCAGCUGGCAGAGGAGGUGGAGCAGGAAGAGGCACGUGAGCGGGGCAAGUGCCGCACCCCAAGGUGGCAGUGGCAGCUGGAAAGUGAAGCGGAAGCUCGUCAGAGCAAAGUUUACUCCAGGCCCCGCAGGCAGAAAGAAGAGAAGAGGCAGCGCCAGGAGCUCGAGCAGCAGCUGCGGGCGCAGGAGGAGGACGCCCAGGGGCAGCGCGGGGCCCGGCCCCUCGGAGAGGAGCGCGAACGCGGGCUGCAACGGGAGGAGCAGGUGCGCCGGCUGGAGGCGGAGGAAGAGCAGCGCCGCGACUCUAAAUGGCAGUGGCAGGCGGAGGAAGAGAGCGAGAGGCGCCGCCAGAGGCUGUCGGCCAGGCCCGCUUUGCAGGAGCAGCGGGAGAGGCAGCUAAGAGCGGAGGAGCCACAGGAGCGGGAACUGUUCCGUGAGGAGGAGCAGCAGCGCCGACGACUCGAGAGGGGGCAGGAGCAGCAGGUCCGUGAGGAGGAGAAGCAGCUCCGGUUGGAGAACUUCCAGGAGGAUCAAGGGAGGAAGCUACGCCAGGAGGAGCAGCGCCGAGACCAAAAAUGGAGGUGGCAACCCGAUGAGGAAAGCCAAAGGCACCGCCACAUAGUGUACGCCAAGCCAGCUGAACGGGAGCAGCUGAGGGAGGAAGAGCAGGUGCAGAGGGAGGAACGCGAGAAAAGGAGGCGCCAGGAGGAACCGCUCCUGCAGGAAAGGGAAGAGCAGCUGCGCCGCCAGGAGCGCGACAGGAAGUUCCGUGAGGAGGAACAGCUCCUGCAGGAAAGGGAAGAGCAGCUGCGCAGGAGGGAACGUGAGCAGCAGCUGCGCCAGGAGCGCGACAGGAAGUUCCGUGAGGAGGAGCAGCUCCUGCAGGAAAGGGAAGAGCAGCUGCGCCGCCAGGCGCGCGACAGGAAGUUCCGUGAGGAGGAACAGCUCCUGCAGGAAAGGGAAGAGCAGCUGCGCAGGAGGGAACGUGAGCAGCAGCUGCGCCAGGAGCGCGACAGGAAGUUCCGUGAGGAGGAACAGCUCCUGCAGGAAAGGGAAGAGCAGCUGCGCCAGGAGCGCGACAGGAAGUUCCGUGAGGAGGAACAGCUCCUGCAGGAAAGGGAAGAGCAGCUGCGCCGCCAAGAGCGUGACAGGAAGUUCCGCGAGGAGGAACAGCUCCUGCAGGAAAGGGAAGAGCAGCUGCGCAGGAGGGAACGUGAGCAGCAGCUGCGCCAGGAGCGUGACAGGAAGUUCCGCGAGGAGGAACCGCUCCUGCAGGAAAGAGAAGAGCAGCUACGCAGGAGGGAACGUGAGCAGCAGCUGUGCCAGGAGCGUGACAGGAAGUUCCGUGAGGAGGAACAGCUCCUGCAGGAAAGGGAAGAGCAGCUGCGCCGCCAGGAGCGCGACAGGAAGUUCCGUGAGGAGGAACAGCUCCUGCAGGAAAGAGAAGAGCAGCUGUGCCGCCAAGAGCGUGACAGGAAGUUCCGCGAGGAGGAACAGCUCCUGCAGGAAAGGGAAGAGCAGCUGCGCCGCCAGGAGCGCGACAGGAAGUUCCGUGAGGAGGAACAGCUCCUGCAGGAAAGGGAAGAGCAGCUGCGCAGGAGGGAACGUGAGCAGCAGCUGCGCCAGGAGCGCGACAGGAAGUUCCGUGAGGAGGAGCAGCUCCUGCAGGAAAGGGAAGAGCAGCUGCGCCGCCAGGCGCGCGACAGGAAGUUCCGUGAGGAGGAACAGCUCCUGCAGGAAAGGGAAGAGCAGCUGCGCAGGAGGGAACGUGAGCAGCAGCUGCGCCAGGAGCGCGACAGGAAGUUCCGUGAGGAGGAACAGCUCCUGCAGGAAAGGGAAGAGCAGCUGCGCCAGGAGCGCGACAGGAAGUUCCGUGAGGAGGAACAGCUCCUGCAGGAAAGGGAAGAGCAGCUGCGCCGCCAAGAGCGUGACAGGAAGUUCCGCGAGGAGGAACAGCUCCUGCAGGAAAGGGAAGAGCAGCUGCGCAGGAGGGAACGUGAGCAGCAGCUGCGCCAGGAGCGCGACAGGAAGUUCCGUGAGGAGGAACAGCUCCUGCAGGAAAGGGAAGAGCAGCUGCGCCAGGAGCGCGACAGGAAGUUCCGUGAGGAGGAACAGCUCCUGCAGGAAAGGGAAGAGCAGCUGCGCCGCCAAGAGCGUGACAGGAAGUUCCGCGAGGAGGAACAGCUCCUGCAGGAAAGGGAAGAGCAGCUGCGCAGGAGGGAACGUGAGCAGCAGCUGCGCCAGGAGCGCGACAGGAAGUUCCGUGAGGAGGAGCAGCUCCUGCAGGAAAGGGAAGAGCAGCUGCGCCGCCAAGAGCAUGACAGGAAGUUCCGCGAGGAGGAACAGCUCCUGCAGGAAAGGGAAGAGCAGCUGCGCCGCCAAGAGCAUGACAGGAAGUUCCGUGAGGAGGAACAGCUCCUGCAGGAAAGGGAAGAGCAGCUGCGCCGCCAGGAGCGUGACAGGAAGUUCCGCGAGGAGGAACAGCUCCUGCAGGAAAGGGAAGAGCAGCUACGCAGGAGGGAACGUGAGCAGCAGCUGUGCCAGGAGCGUGACAGGAAGUUCCGUGAGGAGGAACCGCUCCUGCAGGAAAGAGAAGAGCAGCUGCGCCGCCAGGAGCGCGACAGGAAGUUCCGUGAGGAGGAACAGCUCCUGCAGGAAAGGGAAGAGCAGCUGCGCCGCCAGGAGCGCGACAGGAAGUUCCGUGAGGAGGAACAGCUCCUGCAGGAAAGGGAAGAGCAGCUGCGCAGGAGGGAACGUGAGCAGCAGCUGCGCCAGGAGCGUGACAGGAAGUUCCGUGAGGAGGAACCGCUCCUGCAGGAAAGAGAAGAGCAGCUGCGCCGCCAGGAGCGCGACAGGAAGUUCCGUGAGGAGGAACAGCUCCUGCAGGAAAGGGAAGAGCAGCUGCGCCGCCAGGAGCGUGACAGGAAGUUCCGUGAGGAGGAACAGCUCCUGCAGGAAAGGGAAGAGCAGCUGCGCAGGAGGGAACGUGAGCAGCAGCUGCGCCAGGAGCGUGACAGGAAGUUCCGUGAGGAGGAACCGCUCCUGCAGGAAAGAGAAGAGCAGCUGCGCCGCCAGGAGCGCGACAGGAAGUUCCGCGAGGAGGAACAGCUCCUGCAGGAAAGGGAAGAGCAGCUGCGCCGCCAGGAGCGCGACAGGAAGUUCCGCGAGGAGGAACGGCUCCUGCAGGAAAGGGAAGAGCAGCUGCGCAGGAGGGAACGUGAGCAGCAGCUGCGCCAGGAGCGUGACAGGAAGUUCCGUGAGGAGGAACAGCUCCUGCAGGAAAGGGAAGAGCAGCUGCGCAGGAGGGAACGUGAGCAGCAGCUGCGCCAGGAGCGUGACAGGAAGUUCCGCGAGGAGGAACAGCUCCUGCAGGAAAGGGAAGAGCAGCUGCGCAGGAGGGAACGUGAGCAGCAGCUGCGCCAGGAGCGUGACAGGAAGUUCCGCGAGGAGGAACAGCUCCUGCAGGAAAGGGAAGAGCAGCUGCGCAGGAGGGAACGUGAGCAGCAGCUGCGCCAGGAGCGUGACAGGAAGUUCCGUGAGGAGGAACAGCUCCUGCAGGAAAGGGAAGAGCAGCUGCGCCGCCAGCAGAGAGAGGAUCAGAGGCGCCGUAGCCAAGUCUGGGAAGAAGGAGACAAAGGCCGAAGGCAGGCUCUGGAGCCCGGCAAGCGUCCGUUUGCUAGUGUCCCGGUGCGCUCCAGCCCUCUCUAUGAGUACAUCCAAGAGCAGAGAUCUCAGUACCGCCCUUAAGAGAUGUUACCAAUAUCCCGACACCUGCCAAAGCUUCCAGCAAAAGAUAAUGAGGAAACACUGGAUACCAAAUAACUCAAGAUGUUUCUGGUUGUGGGAGAACUCUCUGAUGUUUCAAAAUCUUUUUUUUCCAAAAC